AUGGGGUCAAUUUUACAAGAUGACACAGUUUCGCAAUCUGAAGACAGUGACAAUUUUUCAUCCAUAGAUGUGUCAGAUUUCGAUGAAAAUACUUUUUUGACCUGUCAGGAUGCAUCGAAGUCGAAAAGGAUUAUACCUGUUGUGAUGCAUCCUUGUAAUAAUAUCCCUCGUAUUCUCAAAGACUUAACAACCGUCGAUUUAACAGGAACAGACAGUCUUCUACUAGAAUGGCAAUGGAAAAAACUGACUUCAUCUAUAAAAGAUCCGAUAACUAUCAGAGACAGCUUUGAUAGUUUGCCUUAUGAAACACGAGUUUAA